UCCUCAUUAUCAUUAUUGAAAAGAAAACACCUUUAUUUGGAUUUGGAUGUGUUCAAUUUUUGUUUGUUUUUUGUCCUAAAAAUUCUUCAUUUGAAUGAAUUAUGACCAGUGAACAACCAAAACAUCUUAUGCCAGCUACAAAUUUUGUUGAUCUCAACCGAUCCUCACCAUCCACCACAACAAAUGACAUGAUGGUGGCCGAACAUUCAUCACCAUUGAACCAUAUUCAAUCAUUAUCACCAAGUAUGGCAAUUGUUUCCACAAAUGUUGCUGCAUCACCAUCAACGACACCUACGAGUCCAUUUUUUCGUACAAAUUGCCACUCGAAUCAAAAUCGAAUGGAUGAUCAAUAUCAAUACAGCCAACAGCAGCAACAACAACAACAAGGUUGGUUUCUUCGACAUCGACAACAACAAGAACAAUUAAUGGAAUUAUCAUCAUCCAAACGGUCACAUGAAGAAGAUGUUUAUGAAGAUCUUUGCUAUGUAACCCUCAGAUCCAACAAUAAUAAUAAUAAUAGUAAUAAUCGUGAUUCCAAUAAUACGGCUAUCCAUAAUUUGAAUUAUCAAUCAUCCAAUUCGUCAAUCCAAUCGAAACGUGAUUACUGUUUAAAAGAAUUGAUAGAAACUGAGAAAAACUAUUGUGAAGCAUUACAGAUGAUAAUCGAUCAUUUUUGUCAACCAUUAAUACGAAUUGUGCCUGUUAAACACCGUAACGUUAUAUUUUCAAAUUUACAAUCAUUAUCCGAAUUACAUUGGAAAUUGUAUCAAGAUUUAUAUCGUACUAAUCAUAAUGGUGGUCAAUAUCCAAGAUCCAUUAACAAUAACAGUAAUAAUAAUAUACCGGCAUAUCCAUCCAAUUGUAGUUCGCCAAGUGUGUCCACCUGUUCCACAUCAUCAUCAUUAUCAUCAUCAUCUGCUCAUCCAAUACAGAUGCAUCGAACCGGUACAAUUUCAUCAUGUUUUCUUUCAAUACGAGAUCGAUUUCUAAAUUAUGGCCAAUAUUGUUCGAAUCUUCCAAAAGCUCAACAAUUAUUGGAUGAAUUAUGUGGCCAGGAUCCGGUUAUCGAACAUUGGGUUGGCCAAUGUCAACAGGAAGCUAACCAAGGAAGAUUUAAACUUCGGGAUCUACUUAGUUUACCGAUGCAACGAAUACUCAAAUAUCAUCUGUUGUUAGGCGAAUUAAUCCGUAAUACUAGUGAUCAACAUGAAGAUUUUGAAGGCCUACGGCAUGCCUAUGAUAUGAUGCUCGAUAUUGGCGCCUAUAUCAAUGAAAUGAAACGUGAUACCGAAACAUUAGAAAUCAUUAAUGAUGUUCAACGAUCAAUUAUCGAUUUAUCCAUGCCCGAUGAUUAUCAACUUAAAGAUUAUGGCCGAUUGAUUAAAGAUGGUGAAGUACGAAUGCGUGGACCAUCCACUCAAGAUAACGAUAAUGGUAUUAAUGUUGUUCAUGGUAAUUGUAGCUAUAAUAAUCGAAUGACAACACGGUUAAAGAAUCGAUAUAUAUUUGUAUUCGAUAAAGUAAUGUUGAUGUGUAAAACUAUUCGCAGCCUUCAAUAUUCAUAUAAAGAGGCAAUCGUACUCGAAGAAUACAAGCUGGAAGAUAUGUCGACUUGUAGCCCGAUUUCAAAAUUGACAAAAAAUUGGUCAUCCGGUUGGUCAUUGGUACAUUGUCGUACAAAACAACCUUAUACAUUUUUUGUUAAAAAUGAAGAAAUCAAACGAAAAUGGAUCGAAGCAAUCGAACGUGCACAGGAUAAUGUUCGACCCAAACAACUGAAUCAAACUGAUCAUCAUUUAGCACUGGCUACAGUUGCACCUGCAACCUGUUGUGCUAGUUGUCAUAAACUUUUAAAAGGAACCUGGUUUCAAGCAUAUCAAUGUUAUGUUUGUAAUAUUGCUCUGCAUAAAACAUGUAUCACAACGGUACGUUCCUGUGCACAGAUGAUGCAUCAACGACAAUCAUCUAUCGAUGCCAAUCAAUCAUCACCAUCAAACGAUAAUAAGCAUGACCAUCAUCAUCAUUCGGUCAAUUCGAAUCGUGCUGAACCGCCGACACCAUCCAAAAACAAACAAAGAAUUCUUGCCAAAGCUAUUUCUGCACAUUAUGUUGAUGGACAAUUACCAAUGGAACCCAAUGAUACAAUAGUUGUUUAUUCAACAAAUGGACCAUUUAGUUAUGGUCUUAAUCUUCGUCUCAGUGAAGAAGGUUCUUUUCCAAAUGCCUGUAUAACCGAAUUGAUGGCUGAUUCACCGUCCAAUGCAUCAUCAUCCAAUAUUGAUUCCCCAACAUGUUCAUCGGUGUUUCGAUUCUGUUAUGAUGAUCAGACUGUUCAACAACAACAACAUCAUCAUCAAUCAAAUGAUUCGACGACAUCGAUGACUCAAACACUGCCAAGAAAAUUGCAUCAAUCCAAUUGGAUAAUGCCAACAUCACCGUUAGCUGUAUCGACACCUGCAUUGAAUAAAGAGGACAUUUUCUUUGCCAACGAUAAUAAAUCAAUAAUGAAAACUAAUCAAUCGUCAUCAUCAAUGAAUCCAGCAAUGAUACAAGAUGGCAAUUUAAGGCUCUUUUUCGGUAAUGGUUAUAAUCUUGAAGAAUAUGCUUGGUUUGCCGGUUCCAUGGAUCGUGAUACAGCACAAACUACAUUGAAUCCACUGCCGAAUGGAUCAUUUUUGGUACGAAUAUCGCCCAAACAAAAGAAUAGCUAUGCUAUUAGCAUUAAUUAUAAAGGUCUUGUUAAUCAUAUGCGCGUUCAAGUGACAUAUAUGAAUGGUAUUCAGCCAACAAUUUUAGAUUCGAAUGCACAAACUAAUCAACAACAACCACAGCAGCAUAAUCUUCAACCACCAGAUAAACCGACUCAUUUUUAUCUUUCCGAACGACGAUAUUUUCGUACCAUUGUCGACCUGAUUCGAUGGUAUGAAUUGAAUUCCUUGGCCGAAUCAUUUAAUAUGGUCAAUACUAAACUUUUGUUACCAUAUAAAAAAGCCUAUUGCAAUGAAAUAUUGGGUGAUGCUAUUGCAUUAUAUGCAUUCACUGGCACAUCAUCAGCCGCAUCAUCAUUUCUAUCAUUGCGUAAAGGUGAUCAUAUCACUGUUCUAUCACGUGCAGCCGAAGAUAAAGGCUGGUGGAAAGGGCAGAUUGAUGAUCGUUUAGGUUAUUUCCCAUUCAAAUAUGUUGAGCCAACAUCAUAUUCACUGAAAAGAUUGUUUGAUAUUCAACAUGAAACCAAUCAACAAUAUCAACAGCCAUCAUUACAACAGGAUGAUUCCUUUGGUGCUAUGACAACAUCGACACAAAUGACUGAUGUAUCAUCACCACAAUCAUCACCUGCUAAUAAAGUGGAUGAAAACAAACAGCAAAUGCCAUCGCCAUCUUCAUCCUCAACAACAUCAUCAGCAGAAACAAGUUCACCAACAACAUUAUCAUCACCGGUCAAUUCGGAUCGAGAUUCCCCACAAUCAUCAUCAUCAUCAUCAAAUAUAUUGCAUUCUCGUCAAGCAUCAAGUGAUGCAGGUAUUGGCGAUGAUCUGGGCCAAUUAACAAUCAAUAAUCAAAAUGAUAGUAAUGACGAUAAUAAGGAUAAUGCUGACAAUUUAUAACCAAAAACAAUGAACAUCAUCUAGUCAAAUGCAUUAUUUGCAAAACAAAACCAUUCAAACUGUCAACCACACCACCAAGCAACAUUACAAUUAACACUUCAUU